GCGCCCGCGGCCGGCCCACAGCAAGGGGAGAGGGAGGCGGUGAGUAGGCGGCGGCCGGCCGGGCUGGUCCGGGCAGGUCCGGGCGGGGAGCACGCUGCCGGGCCGGGACCCCGCGCCGGAGCCCGAGCGAGUACACCAGGCCGCGGCCCCGCCUCCUGCCCGCCCCGCGCCAGCCGGUCGGCGCCGGGAGUUCGGAGCAGCGCCGGGCGGGCAGGGCCGCGCCGAAGCCGCCGCCGCCGGUACUCCGCCUGACGUGGGCCCGACGGGGAAGCCUGAGCCGGGCGGCGCCCGGAGCCGGGAGGCGCCCCACGCGGCUCAUGGCGGGGCCGCGGGGCGCGCUGCUGGCCUGGUGCCGCCGCCAGUGCGAGGGCUACCGCGGCGUGGACAUCCGCAACCUGAGCAGCUCCUUCCGGGACGGCCUGGCCUUCUGCGCCAUCCUGCACCGGCACCGGCCCGACCUGCUAGAUUUUGAUUCCCUGUCCAAGGACAAUGUGUUCGAGAAUAACCGUUUGGCCUUCGAAGUGGCUGAGAAGGAGCUGGGCAUCCCUGCUCUCCUGGACCCCAAUGACAUGGUCUCCAUGAGUGUCCCCGACUGCCUCAGCAUCAUGACCUACGUGUCCCAGUAUUACAACCACUUCGCCAGCCCUGGCCAAGCCGGCGUCUCAUCGCCCGGAAAGGGCCUGGCACCCUCCUCCCCACCAUCUGCUCCAGCGGAACCGGGAGACAGGGCUCAGGGCGAGGCGCUCUCCUCGGGUGACCUGUCGGAGCAGGGCGCCCACCGGACGCCCAGCAGCACGUGCGCGGCCUGCGGGCAGCACGUGCACCUGGUGCAGCGUUACCUGGCCGAGGGCAAGCUGUACCACCGGCACUGCUUCCGGUGCCGGCAGUGCUCCAGCACCCUGGUCCCCGGGGCCUACCGGAGCGGGCCCGAGGAGGGCACCUUCGUGUGUGCCGAGACCUGUGCCCGGCUGGGCCCGGGAGGGCGGGCAGGGGCCAAGCCCCGGUCCCCCCCACAGCCGAAGCAACAGCAAGACGAUGCAAAAGAAGCAGCAGAAGAAGCCAAGGACGUGGAGGGAGGCAGCCCCAGUGCGGCUGCAGGGGCCGAGGCCCGGCCCCAGAUCCCCACCAAGCCCUGCGUGCCGGACCGACCGCAGGACCUGGCCAGCCCCCCAGCCGGCCGCCCCAUGCCCGCUCCCCGGAAGGCCUUGGAGAGCACAGCCCAGACGCCCCCCACGCCCCGGCCCCGGUCCAGCCUGCAGCCUGAGAACUUGGAGCCGGGCGGCGGCAGCCUAGUGAAUGGAAGGCUGCACGAGCCCCCCGUCCCCAAGCCGCGAGGGACACCCAAGCUGUCAGAGAGGGCUCCAGCCCCCAGGAAGGACCCUCCUUGGAUCACGCUGGUGCAGGCAGAACCCAAGAAGAAGCCAGCCCCGCUGCCCCCGAGCAGCAGCCCCCGGCUGCCGGGCCGGGACGGCGGGCGGGUGGAGAACGGAGGCGCGGAAGAGGUGGCCCCGAGGACCCCUGCAGAGGCUGGCCUAGAGCCCAAGCCCUACAACCCCUUUGAGGAGGAGGAGGAGGAGGAGGCGGCGGCAGCAGGGGAGCCCCCCGCCGCACCCAGCCUGGCCACCGGCCCCGCCCAGGCCCUCCAGGAGAGCACGCCCAAGUCCCUGCACCCCUGGUACGGCAUCACUCCCACCAGCAGCCCCAAGACAAAGAAGCGCCCUGCCCCCCGAGCGCCCAGUGCGUCCCCACUAGCCCUCCACGCCUCCCGCCUCUCGCACUCCGAGCCGCCCUCGGCCGCCCCGUCGCCAGCCCUCAGCGUGGAGAGCCUGUCGUCCGAGGGCUCCAGCCAGACCGUCAGCGGGCAGCUCCUGGAGCCCCCGGUGGUGCCCAAGAGCUCCUCAGAGCCUGCCGUCCACGCCCCCGGCACCCCCGCCACCUCCGCCAGCCUCUCCGCCGACUCCUCGCUGUCCUCCUCUGGGGAGCUGGCGCAGCCCGCCGCGGGCCGUCCGCCUCAAGCCAGCCCUGGCCUUGACCCCGGCACGAAGGGCAGCCCGGGCCCCCAGCCAGCCAAGCCCUGCAGUGGCGCUGCGCCCACCCCUCUCUUGUUGGUGGGGGAUAAGACCCUCGUGCCCUGCCCUGGCACCUCAUCCCCGCAGCUCCAGGUAAAGUCUUCCUGCAAGGAGAAUCCUUUUAACCGGAAGGCAUCACCCACAGCGUCCCCAGCCACAAAGAAAGCCACCAAGGGACCCAAGCCGGCGAGGCCGCCUGCUCCAGGACACGGCUUCCCACUCAUCAAGCGCAAGGUGCAGGCUGACCAGUACAUCCCUGAGGAGGACAUCCACGGAGAGGUGGACACCAUCGAGCGCCAGCUGGAUGCCCUGGAGCUCCGCGGGGUUCUGCUGGAGGAGAAGCUGCGCAGCGGCGUGAAUGAGGGCCGCGAGGACGACAUGCUGGUGGACUGGUUCAAGCUCAUCCACGAGAAGCACCUGCUGGUGCGGCGGGAGUCCGAGCUCAUCUACGUCUUCAAGCAGCAGAACCUGGAGCAGCGUCAGGCCGAUGUGGAGUAUGAGCUGCGGUGCCUUCUCAACAAGCCGGAGAAAGAGUGGACCGAGGAUGACCGGGGCCGGGAGAAGGUGCUGAUGCAGGAGAUCGUGACCCUCAUCGAGCAGCGCAACGCCAUCGUCAACUGCCUGGACGAGGACCGGCAGAGGGAGGAAGAGGAAGAUAAGAUGUUGGAAGCCAUGAUCAAGAAGAAAGAGUUCCAGAAGGAGGCCGAAUCUGAGAGCAGGAAAAAGGGGAAGUUCAAGACCAUGAAGGUGCUGAAGCUGCUAGGAAACAAGCGCGACACCAAGAGCAAGUCCCCGGGGGACAAGAGCUAACAGCAGGGGGACUUCCACUCGCCCCUUUCCGGCUCAGUCCUGUCGCUCUGGUUCUGACGACUCCAGACGCCGCGACAGUCGCAAGGAGCCAGCGGGGGCCUGGGUCCCCGGAGUGGAGCGGCACGGCCCAGCACACCUGCCCCUGCUUGUCCCGCCCAGCGCCUGCCGUGACGGGCGGCUCCUCGGCCCUCCUUCCCCUGUCACAUCCAGAUGGGAUUCUCAGCUGCCAAAGUUCUGGACCGAGGGUCCUGCCACCACGGGGUCUGCCGUGGGUCUCUGCCUCUUGGGUGCUGCGCCCCCUGCAGGCCGCAGGCGGGCCCGGCUGCGCUGGCUUCUUCCUGCCUCGGCCCAGCCCCGAGUCCGUCUUCCCGUCCCGGCUGGCGGCCCUGGGUCUGUCCUCCUCGCUCAGGAGCUGCGUUCACCACGUCUCUGAGUUUAUUCAGUGGCUGCGCCCUCAGCCACGAACACGCAUGAUGGACAAAACCGCCCCCCUCUGUCUCUCCGGGUUCCAGGAGGCUCUUCCCUCCUCCUCCCUUGCUGUGCAGGGAACCUCCCUGGGGCGGUGCUGGGGCGGCCGCCCUGGGUGGGUGGGUGUCCCAGUGCCAAGUCUCCCAGCAGGGGUCUCUGCUCCCUCACCUGCCGAGGGGGCACGCUUUAUGUAGGUGCUAACCCUGGUUCUCCGACAUGCUACAGUCUGCCACCUCGCUGGGUGUCCCCCGGGGACGGUGGCCGCUCCUGUGCGUGGUCAUCGCCGGUCUCUCCCCUCACGUUCCUGUUUGUCCUUUCCCCCAAGGACUGAUGGCCACACCCCGCUGGGAGGAGCCGGUGGGGACAAUGCCUUUUCCCCAGGGACCGUGUCCAGCAGCUCUGGGUCGAAACACUGUUGCUAUAAGCUAUCUGGGGGGCACCCCAAGGGCCCCCUUCCCUCAGCGCACCUCUGGGGGAAGAUCACACUGAAUGAACUCGUGGGGGUUUGCCUCGCCCACAAUGAAUGGAGACCACCUCAUUGCUGGGGCCCUGCAGACUCGGGGUGCUUGUCCCUGGCCAGGCCUGCCUUCUCUCCUGCCCUCACUGCGCCUCGGGGCCGGGCACUUCUGCUGGCCCAGGUGGGCACGUAGGGCUGCCCACCAGCGGAGCCCUUGGCCCCCUGCCAGCCGUCGGGCU